CUUACUCCUUCUUUCUCCUUCUUUCCCUCGGAUGGUCGUUUUUGUGGAUUUUUUCCUCUUUUCCGUAUGUUUGAGGUGAUUAUUGUGGUAGCGUUCGGAUCUCUUGUCCCAUGUACAUACCUUUGAACACCAACGUGAGCCCCAAGUUCAUCAUUCUGUUAUUUCCUCAUCCCAUACCCCACUGGGACCGUACAUGAUGAAAUAUUCCGUCACAUUCGCAGUUUCCACUCGAGCAUCCGUUUAGUACUCCCCCAAUGCGGAACGCUUAUAUUCCCCCUCUGUAUACCGUGUUGAACCCAAAAUAACAUAGUUUUGAGCGUGGGCCGACUCCUCAGGAGUUUUGCGCUGGCGGGAAGCGGGGGUUGAUGCGGUGAGGGUAACAGAUGACCUUCCUUUGGAUGUCUGAUUUUUUCCCUUUCAUGUGUUAUCGCGGGACGUUGUGCUGAAAUGCUUCUUUCCUCCAGGUUUCGCCUAUAGUAGGGUUUAUUAUUUGAAGGCUGUAGUCUUGAUACUUGUUACUGCAGUAAUUACAUGAUGCUGCUGAUAUUGAUUCACUGAUCCGCUUCGCCCUCCCGUAUUGUGUGAGCCUGUUCAGACGUGACGACAUCCCCUCACUACAAGAAGUGCAUAUAAAAUAGGCAGCCCGUAGAAAUUGUUAUUCCCGCUCAACAAUGGAUUCCAAUUGCUAUAAAGAUCUCAAAACUUCUCGCGGCCUAAACUAUCAUUAUUAUUUCUCCCCAGCGGCCAGUGGCGAUAAACAUACCCUCGUCCUUUUACACGGUUUUCCAUCUACCUCUUAUGAUUGGAGACAUCAGGUGGCGUUCUUCAAGGGAAAAGGUUAUGGACUGAUCGUCCCUGAUAUGCUUGGAUAUGGAGGUACAGCGAAGCCGCUCGACCCAGCAGAGUACAAGCAUAGCUUGAUCACGAAGGAUAUCACGGACAUCUUGGAUGCGGAGAAAGUGGAUAAGGCUGUUAUCAUUGGGCACGACUGGGGUUCCAGAAUCACCUCUCGUCUCGUUAACUACUUUCCCGAUCGAGUGAUUGCUAUUGGACUCUUAGCAGCCGGAUACCAAGCCCCAAGUCUUGCAUUCGACUUUGAGAAACUCUGCGCGUUUACAAAGGAGAAAGUCGGGUAUGAGCUAAUAGGGUAUUGGGAGUUUUUCGGUCAAGAAGAUGCUCCGAAGCUCGUUGAGGAUGAUUUCGACAAGUUCUUCAAUCUCACGUUCCCAGAAGAUCCGAAACUGUGGAUUACUGAUUUGGCUCCUCUGGGGACUGCGAGAAAAUAUAUCACCUCGAAGCCGCCCGCGCAUCCUCCUUCUUGGUUAUCUGCAGAGGAAAAACGAAUCCAAUCCGAAGCUCUCCUCAAGGGCGGUCUAGCCGCUCCGAUGUGUUGGUAUAGAGUGAUGCUCUCUGGUAUAGCCACUGAAGACGAUAAAGCUAUUCCUGUUGAGAGAUACAAAACCGACAAACCCGUCUUUUUGGGCACUGCUCUAGAAGACUACAUUUGUAUUGCUGCUUUGACUGCCCUUAGCACGAAAGCAGGAUGCGCGAAUCUCACGGUUAAGGAGUUUCAGACGAAUCAUUGGGUACAGCUGCAGAAGGCGGAUGAGGUGAAUACGGAGUUGGAGAAUUGGUUGGAGCGCUAUGAUUGAAUAGGCCGGCU